AUGGGUCUCGACCGCUACGCUUCACGCUUCGUCUCGCUCGGCAUCGUCUGCGUCGUCUUUGACUACCGACAUUUCGGCCAAAGCGGUGGUCAGCCGCGUCAGUUGCUCGACAUCAACCUCCAGCUGCAGGACUGGGAUGCGGCGUUGGACUACACUGCGAAGCUCGAGGAUGUGGAUAGCGAGAGGAUCGGCAUCUUCGGGAGUAGUUUCGGUGGAGGACACGUCAUCUCGGUCGCAGCGAAGGAUAAGAGGGUCAAGGCGGUCAUUAGUCAAUGUCCCUUUACGUCGGGAUUGUAUUCGUCGCAGACGGUGGGGUUGGUGCCGCUGUUGAAGCUGGCAGUGCUGGGAGUGAGAGAUAUGUUGUUCUCGAGCAAGGACCAGAUCGUUACAGUCAAAUUGGCUGCCGCACUCAUGAACGCCCCCGACGUCCACCAGUACCGUCAACUCGUACCUCCCCACCUCCAACCAACCUUCCCCGACUACGUAGCCGCCAGAUUCGCCCUCCACAUCGCCCUCUACAACCCAGGCUGGAGUACUUCCUCCGUCACUUGCCCAAUCCUCUUCGCCAUCUGCGGCAAAGACUCCGUCGCCCCUCCAGCUCCCUCCCUCACCUACGCAAGGAACGCACCCAAAUCCACCAUCAAACACUACGAGCACAUGGGUCACUUUGACAUCUACACAGGCGACUACUUUGAUACCGCUACGAGCGAUUACCUUGACUUUCUCAAGAGCAACUUGUAG